AUGAAUUCAUCUGCCACUACAACUUCUACAAUUGCUAAUCCACCUUCACUCAAUAGUGGUGUGUAUUCUCAUAUUUCUUCUGAAAAAAUGCUGCAAACAUCCAAUAAAUCUCCGUCACCACCCCAAUUGUUUCCUCAAAUGCAAAAACUAUCACAAUCAAAUCAAUCUCAAGAUGUCUUGUUCAAAAUAUUCACCUAUACCAUUAUUAUACUCCCCACGUUAACUUCAAUAUUAUUCCCCAUCAAGACAACUAUGCCACCUAGCGAACAUGCAGGGAAUCUUAUUAUAGAUUUAUUGACGGUACUAUUGCUAAGCUUAGUAGUCAAACAUACAAUUGAAUGGCCCUAUAAUUGGUUGAGACAACUACAAAAGACAAAAGUAAUGUUAUUGCAAGAUAUGAAUCGAGAAAAUACCGAUAAAACUAUUUUAUUGGUACGGAAGAUUUACACUUUUGAAAUAAUAGCAUUGAUUUCAUGUUUGGUGUCUUGUAUUUUUAGUUCAAUUUUAUUAAUAUGGACGAGACAGUAUACUAUAAUUGAUCAAAAAAGAAAGAAAGUAGUUUUCAAUAAUGUGAAUAUUGCCUUGUUGCAAUUUUGGUCACUUUUUAGAGUGAUUAUUACUUUCACUGACAGUCUCCAACAAUCAUCGAUGCAUACAAAUCAUCUAAGUUGGGAAACUCCACAAUUGAAAAAUUGGUAUCAAGAUUUGUCUCAUUAUUUUUUACCAAAUGCUAGUAAUCAAAUACUAUUGGAUCAUUUGCAACAACACAAUCGACAAUUUGAUCAAUUGAAAAUGGAUUUAAUUUCGUUACAAAACGAAUUAGAAGAAAAGAAGAGUCUUAGUAAUGAUUCUCGAGAAAGCUCAUUUACACCAUUCCCGUUGAAUAUGUCACCCACUUUGUUAUCACCAAAUCCUUCUGUCAAUUUAUCACCCACUAAUAGUCGCAAUUAUGUAUCGUUCCCAUUCAAAGCUCCACCUUCUUCAGAACUGCCAGUCUCUUCACCUCCAGUACCAAAACGUAAAUCAUCUACUAUGAAGUCAUCAUCGAAAAAAUCUCAAUUAAAUACGAUAAUCGAGGAAGAUGAUUCAACAUUAUAUGACUCCAAAGAAAAUACAUUUACAAAUUUUGAUGAAAUUAUUCCUGGAAUUGGUAUAACUACAAGACCGCCGACUUUACUUGAUGAGAUCAGAAGUAUGGUGACUUCGGUUAGACGAGAAGUGUCUUUUCUUGACAUUAUUAAACACCCUAAUGCUGUCUGUAACUUGUUAUUAAAAGAAUUUGCACCUUUGUUGAAUCAUAAUUUUGAAUUAGGUGAAUAUGAUAUUGUUAGAAUAGUGGCUACUGAAAUUUUUAACAAUUAUUUACAUAAACUUGUUCAUGAUAUAAGAGAAGAGCUUGGGAAAUAUUGGAAUUAUCCAUUGUACUUUGUAAAGAAAGCGGUUAUAUUUUUUGCAUUAAGACUACCAAUUUAUGCUAUACUGUUAUAUUUUAGAGUACUGUUUUAUGUACCUUGGGUUUUGUUCCGAAUGCUUGUAUUAGAACCAAUUGUGCAAAUAGGUAAUUUAAUGUUGAUGGUUUUUAAAUUUGCCUUAUUAACAAUAACUACCAUGACUCCUAAACUUACUAUGAGUGCUCCAGUACUGACUUCUUCUCCAUUUCCAUCACCAUUGCUGACUCCAUCAUCUUAUUCAUCUUCAUUGUCAUCUUCCUUACCACCAUCACCGAAAACAUCAGAGAAAUCAUCUAAAAUUAUUACAAAAAAAUCUCAAAAGAAACUGUCACAUUCGAAUCAGAAAAAACUGGUUGUAGUGCCCAGAGUUGCAAAGGAGACAGUGACUUCCAAAUUUGCUAUGAAACCUUUCCAUCUAUCACCUAUUUUGGCUGACCUGAUGACCUUUGAAAAUGGUGUCAAUAACAACUACAACAACAAUAAUAAUAAUCACACUAGAUCAAGAAAGAAAAUCAAUUUGCAAUCGAUUGAUACAAUACCAGAAGAGCCCAAUACCAUUAGCGGUGGGAAAAAACAUGGGCGAUUCUACAAGUAUUCAAACAGUCUUGCUUUAUACGACGAUUAG